CUUCUCCGACUCCAUUAAUGUCGUUUUUCUAUCUUUGCCUUAUCAUCUUAUUCCUCAGUACUUCCUCUGCGUUUGGUAGUGGAUUAGGGGUCUCUUCCUCUCAGUCGUCAUCAAGUGAAACAGAGGCUCUACUCAAAUGGAAAGCCACUCUCCAAAACUACUCUGUCCCUGCUCUCCGUUCUUGGAAGCUUACAUCAUCAUCCUCAGCACCAAUCCCCUGCUGCAACUGGUUUGGUAUAACUUGUAACAAAGCCCGAACCAGAGUGGUUGAGAUUAGCCUUCCAGGACUGGAGCUGCAAGGUACGCUUCACAACUUCACCUUCUCUUCCUUUCCCAAUCUCUUCAGUCUCAAUCUCAGCCUCAAUGGACUCACAGGACCCAUACCAGAUCAAAUUGGUAGCCUCUCCAAACUGAUCACCUACCUCGAUCUCAGUGGCAAUGAACUCAGUGGUCCAAUACCUUACGUAAUGAGAAAUCUAAAAAAUUUGGUUAUGUUGGACCUAGAUACAAACAACCUCAUUGGUCCAAUCCCUCAUUCCCUGGCUAAUUUAACUAGACUAGAGAACCUCUACCUCUAUGACAAUCAAUUAUCUGGUCCAGUGCCUUCUGAAAUCGGAGAAAUGAAAAAUCUAGUUGACUUGAAGCUAUCUUUUAACAAACUCAGAGGUCCUAUCCCUCAUUCUCUGGCUAAUUUAACUAGACUAGAGUUCCUCUAUUUGAAUUCGAAUCAAUUAUCUGGUGCAAUACCUCAAGACUUGGGUAGCCAAGCAUCUAUUGUAGAAUUUGAGUUGUUCGACAACGUCUUAUCUGGAAGCUUACCGCAACAAAUAUGCCAAGGACGAUCACUUCAAAGAUUAGUGGUUCAAAACAAUAGUCUUACGGGUCCUAUUCCUGACUUCAGAAAUUGCACAAGUUUAGUGAGAGUUAGACUUGAAAAAAACCUAUUAGUAGGAAAUAUAACUGAUAGUUUUGGUGUAUAUCCACAUCUUUAUUACAUUGAUAUGAGUCACAACAGACUAUAUGGAGAGUUGUCACCAAAUUGGGGAAAAUGUAAGAACUUGACAUUUCUGAAGAUUUCUGGAAACAAUAUUAGUGGAAAGAUACCACACGAAAUUGGUCAGUUAACACGACUUGGACUACUUGACCUUUCUUUCAACAAACUUAUUGGUGAGAUACCAAUGGAAUUGGGUAGUUUAUCCACUUUGUUACACUUGAAUUUAAGUGGCAACCAUAUUUCAGGGCACGUACCAGUUGAAAUUGGUAAAUUAAUCAAUUUGGAGCUUCUUGACCUCUCGGCAAACAGGUUAAUUGGAUCAAUCUCGGUUCAGCUUGGUCAAUGCUCCAAAUUGCUGUCAUUAAAUUUGAGCUGGAAUUCAUUGAAUGGAAGCAUUCCAUCUCAAAUUGGUGAUCUAGUAUCCUUACAAAUUCAAUUGGACCUUAGUCAUAACUCAAUUAGUGGAUCGAUACCACCUGAGCUUGCAAAGUUGAUGAUGCUGGAAAUUUUGAACUUAUCCCAUAAUAUGAUCACAGGCUCAAUACCUUUUUCUCUUGAAAAUAUGGUUAGCUUAGUAUCUCUUGAUCUAUCCUACAAUGAGUUAGAGGGUGUUGUUCCCAACACUAGGGUUUUUAGAAAUGCUUCAGCACAAGCAUUUAGAAACAAUAAAGGAUUAUGUGGUGACCUUCAAGGUCUACUUCCCUGCAAUCAAUCUCGUAAAAGCAAGGGAUCGAAGAAAAAUGUACAUAAGGUUGUCAUAUCCAUCAUUGCUUCUUUGAUAGGAAUUGUAUUCCUAGCACUUGCAAUUAUUGGUGUUUUCUUCCUCUUGCGAAAAAAAGCAAAAAAAGGAAAUAUAGAAGCAACAACAAGAAAUCAUGGCAAUAUAUUUUCAAUAUGGAAUUUCGAUGGCCAGUUUGCUUACGAGGAUAUUAUUCAAGUAACAGAGAAUUUUGAUUCCAAAUAUUGCAUUGGAACUGGAACUUUUGGGAAUGUUUACAAAGCAGUGCUACCUACUGGCCAUGUUGUAGCUUUGAAGAAGUUCCAUACAUUGGAAGGUGAGUCAAUUAUAGUUAAUGAUGAAAGCUUUGGGAAUGAGAUACGUAUACUAACAGAAAUAAGGCAUCGGAACAUUGUCAAACUUUAUGGGUUUUGCUCCCAUCCACGAUGCAUGUUUCUUAUUUAUGAGUAUAUGGAAAAAGGCAGCUUAGCACGUAUCUUGAGCAAUCAAGUUGAGGCUAUGGAGUUGGAUUGGUUGAAAAGAGUAAAUGUCAUCAAAAGUGUGGCCAAUGCUUUGUCUUACUUGCAUAAUGAUUGUAUUCCACCAAUAAUUCAUCGGGAUAUUUCAAGCAAAAAUAUAUUGCUGAACUUGGAACUUGAGGCUCGGGUAUCUGAUUUUGGCAUUGCAAGACUAUUAAAGCAAGACUCAUCUAAUUGGAUGUCACUUAAAGGAACUCAUGGGUAUAUUGCUCCAGAGCUUGCCUAUACUAUGGUUGUAACUGAGAAGUGUGAUGUAUAUAGUUUCGGAGUACUAGCACUAGAAACAAUUAUGGGAAGGCAUCCAGGGGAGCUCAUCUCAUCUUUAACGUCAAUAGUUGGCCAAAAGAUGUUGUUAAGGGAUAUGUUAGACCCAUGCCUCACCUUUCCAUCAGAUCAAAAGGUUGCAAAGGAAGUGAUUUCUGUUGUGAGAAUAGCAUUUGCAUGCUUACGUAGUAACCCACAAUCCCGUCCAACUAUGCAUCAAGUAUUAGAAGAGCUACUUGUUCUCCAACCAUCAUUUGUGGAGCAUUUUCAUACAAUUUCUGUAGGUGACCUAAAUGAUAUUGACGUGCAAUAAUUGUGAUCGAAGAUUCAUUUGACCUACAGGGGAUUGAGGCGAUUCAUUUCAGACUACACUCGAAAUUAGACAAUAGUUCUCAAGGUCAGCCUUAUGUUAAUUACUUCUUCUUCUUUUUUAAUCCAAUGUUUAAACUAUAUAACCUUUUGGGAUAAAUUAUGAAUCUUUAGCCAAAAAAAAAAACUUUUGGGCUUUUGAUAGGGAUGGCAUGGCUGAAGUUCUCAUUGUAGAUCACACGGCUGGUCUUUAUUUCUUUAGAGGUGUUUCUUUUUUGAAAACAUUUUUUUUUUUCUUUUUGCUUAAGGUCAACAAAGUAUAUGUAUUAAGAAUGAAAGAAAGAAUUCAGAAAAAAAAUCUAAAUAUUUUCUGAAAACAUUUGUAAUUAUGAUUUCUCUAUUUUAAAAUAUACAUUUAGCAUUGGUAGUUAUUUUUUUUAAUUUUACUAAAUGAGGUUUUCCUAAUGUCAACUUAAUUCAUCAUGAUCCCUUUCUUAGUUUGGAACUUAGAAGUGAAGUUGAAGGAAGCCACAAAGGUUCUUUUGUUUCAGCCUCAUGUUGUAAUGACAAUUGGCUCCAAGGGGUUCUCUUUUCACCUGCUUAGAAAAUUAUAUGUUAACAUUCUACCACUUUUCUUUUGUAGUGACAUAAAGACUCAAAUUUUGGUUGUACAUGAUAUUGUUGCAAAAUGAGGGAAUAUGAAGAAUUCAAGGUUCAGAUAAAUGGGUCAGUUUUCAUGGCACAGAAGGUUCCCAAAGAGGGUUGGACUAUGCAAGAUGAAACACCAUGGCCAGGAAUCAAUAUAUUGGAUCAUCCAACUAAGGUGCUAUUCUAUUUACAAUAGCAUGAUCUGAGUACCAUUAAUAGUAGGAGAGUUGUUAAGAGUAUGCCUUUCUAGUUGGUUGAUAUGUGUUAAAAUACCAUAGUUAACCUAGAAUGUAUUCUUCAUGAGAAUGUUGUCGAACCUAGUAUCAUUUUGUCAUGCUUUUUGUGCUUGGACGGGGGAUCCAAUAUGUAUAAUAUUUGAUAAACAUGUUUUUGUCCUUGUAGUGCAUUUAUAUACAAAAUGUGUUAUCGUUAAAAUGUCUACUUAUGAAGGAUUUUUCUUGAAAGUAAACUACAUUUAAGGACAAGAAAAUGCUAAAUUAGUUGGGAUCCAUACUGGUUCCUUUGUUUCUCUACAUAUGACUUGUGCAACAGAUAUUUCUUGGACAAAGUUGUGUUCGUGAUACUGAAGGAAAUGAAUUGACAUAUUUGGUUUAUGUUUCUCGAAAGUAGCCACCGGAAUUUGAUCACCACAAAAAGGUUGGCGACAUGAAUACUCUGGAUGUGUUUUCGAAGGCAAGCAUUUUAUGGCUAUGAUGCCCCUAUAAAGAAGAAACCUCUUAGAAAGACAUAAAACUGGUAGUUGUUUUGUGGUUCUUGGAAGAAGAACAUAGAUUGUGAAAAAAGAUACAAGGGGACAAAAGGAAAUAUCUCCGACAUAAGCAUCCUACCCCUGACUUGGCAUGACUCACGUUGGCUCAUAUAAUCAGAUUAAUAUAGAAGUAGUUGACUUGUGGCACCUAAAUAGAGAACUCCAUCUUCAGAAGAGGAAUCUCGUAUGCUAACUUUCUUUUGGAUAAUCCCAAUUGGCUGUCAUUGCAGGGGUUUCUAAGUGUGUUGAAAUGUCUACUAUAGGGAGAGUGUGAGACCAAUUGAGAUUGAGUGAGCCCGUUCUUCAGCUCACAUACAAGAUAUUUGGAUCAUCUCCACCCAUGCAACCCUUCGACCCAGCAAAAAUGCUUACGGACUACAUGAAUUAUAGGAAAUACAAGUAUCUUCGACUUGAUGGAUCUUCAACUAUCAUGGAUCGACGUGACAUGGAGUGACAUUUUUGUAUUUUUGCUAAGUACCAGAGCUGGUGGACUCGGAAUUAACCUGACAGCUGCUGAUACUGUCAUAUUCUAUGAAAGUGAUUGUAAUCCAACCUUGGAUCUACAGGCAAUGGAUAGAGCUCAUCGGCUUGGUCAGAGCAAGGAGGUUAGGUUUUUUUUUUUUUUUGGCUAGAAGAUCACUUGAGGACUGACUGGUUUUUAACCGGCAUUGUUCUUGGCUUCGAGGACUUAUUGGUUGGUUUCGGUCCUGGCGAAACCAAUCAGACCGACUCU